AUGGUGGGUAGUGAACUUUGUUUGCCGACGUGUAACACACGUGCACUCCACUUGAAUCUCUCUGUUUCUCGGCUCCCUCUAGUUUCUAAUCUGAAUCUUUCUGUUUCCCGGCUCCGUAAUUUAACCCAAUCAAUUUAUGCAGUUCGCAAAAGCAAUCUAUUGUAUCUGUCAGUUGUUUCUCCUUUGAAGGAUCACAAGUUAUUGCAUGGUCCAGUUCAGAAGCGGGAAGUCUUCUGCUUUGCGGUAGGAGGAGCAUGUAUAUGUGGUGAAUAUGGGUUGGAAGGAUCACACGUCCAUGUGGGAGAAGAAAAAUUAGGAGUGCUGCUGCUCAAUCUAGGAGGACCUGAGACACUUCAAGACGUGCAGCCAUUUUUGUUCAAUUUAUUUGCUGAUCCAGAUAUUAUUAGAUUACCGAGAUUGUUUAGGUUUCUUCAAAGACCAUUGGCUCAGUUGAUCUCAGUUUUGAGGGCUCCAAAAAGUAAAGAAGGCUAUGCUGCUAUAGGUGGGGGAUCACCUUUGCGUAAAAUAACUGAUGAGCAGGCUGAAGCACUGAAAAUGGCUUUGGAAGAGAAAAACAUGUCUGUAAACGUAUAUGUAGGGAUGCGGUACUGGUUCCCAUUUACGGAAGAAGCAGUGCAUCAGAUUAAGAAGGAUAAGAUUACAAGACUUGUUUUGCUACCACUUUACCCUCAGUACUCCAUAUUUACAAGUGGGUCAAGCAUCCGUGUUGUUCAAGACAUGUUCAGCAAAGACUCAUAUUUGUCAAGGCUACCUGUGUCCAUUAUAAAGUCGUGGUAUCAACGAAGAGGUUAUAUUGAGUCCAUGGCUAACUUGAUAGAGCAAGAGCUACAAAAAUUCUCUAAUCCCGAGGAGGUGAUGAUAUUCUUUAGUGCACAUGGAGUACCAGUUAGCUAUGUCGAGGAUGCAGGAGAUCCUUAUAGGGAUCAGAUGCAGGAUUGCAUCAGAUUGAUCAUGCAAGAGCUGAAAGCUAGAGGAACCUUCAAUGAACACACUCUUGCUUACCAGAGUCGAGUGGGGCCUAUACAGUGGUUGAAGCCCUAUACUGAUGAAGUUCUUGUUGAUCUUGGUAAAAAAGGAGUAAAAAGCCUCUUAGCUGUUCCAGUAAGCUUUGUAAGCGAGCACAUAGAGACCCUACAAGAGAUUGAAAUGGAAUACAAGGAAUUGGCUCUUGAAUCUGGCAUAGAAAAUUGGGGUAGGGUUCCAGCUUUAGGACUCAGCUCUACUUUCAUAUCCUAUCUCGCAGAUGCUGUGAUUGAAGCUCUUCCUUCUGCCCAAGCCAUUACGACUACAGAAAUCGCUUCGGAAGAAGCUGAAGCAGGUCCAGUGAGUUAUAUAAUCAAAAUGUUUGUUGGUUCAGUUUUAGCGUUCUUUUUACUGUUGUCCCCAAAACUUAUUUCUACUUUCAAGAACCUUCUGUAGAGAGUUUAUGGUCUGGUGCCUAGUUUUUUUGUAACGGAUUUGGUAAAGAAGAAUGAAACACUAGGAACUGGAUAAAACAAGGUUUUUCCCAUUUCCUAUACCAUUUCUCCUA